GUGUCUUCCUCAGUUCCUAAUCUCGUUAUCGUUUUCCGACUCUGCACCUCAAAAUUAGGGUUAGGGUUUGGAUCGCUCCACCACUGCUAAUCCCGCUGCAUCUACUUUUUUUUUUCUGCACUGUAAUUCACCUGCGAAAUCGUCAACAGUGAUUAAGUUCGGCAUGGGGAGGAGAGAGAAGACGGCGAAGGCGGAGAGAUACACUUCGUCGGAAGAAGAUAAAAGGAAGAGGAAAGCUGCAGUUGAAGCGGCGAACAGUGACGACGAUGCAGAGGCCAAUGAAGAUCUCAGCUUGAAAAUCAUUGAAAAAUUCAAGCAACGGCGUGGCAGUAGCGAUCCCCGUAGCAGCGACGGCGCUUCUGAAAUUGUUGUUACGGAUUUGAGAGAGGAGAAGAAGAAGAAGGAGAAGAAGAAGAGGAAGAAGAGCAAGGAAAUUGAAGUUCCUGAAGAUUUCGUUUCAAGUGAGAUAGAUACAGGGUUUAGAGAUUUCUGCGGGGAUUUGUUUCUGGUGGACAAUGUGAAAAACUAUGAGAACCUGGAAACUGAUAAAGCUGCUGAGGUUUCUACUGAAGCUGUUGAAACGAAUCCUGUCGAGGCGAAGGACAAUGUUGUCCUGAGGAAGCUUCUUCGGGGGCCUAGGUACUUUGAUGCUCCAGAUAACAGUUGGGGAGCAUGUUAUAAUUGUGGGGAAGAAGGUCAUACGAUUGCCAACUGUACUUCAGCUAGGCGGAAGAAACCUUGCUUUGUUUGCGGGAGUUUUGAACAUAAUGCAAAGCAAUGUACCAAGGGUCGAGAUUGCUUUAUCUGCAAGCAACAUGGUCACCGUGCAAAGGAUUGUACUGAGAAAUACAAGAGUUCAAAGAUGUGUCUAAAGUGUGGAGAUUUGGGGCAUGAUAUGUUCUCAUGUAGAAGUGACUAUUGUCCUGACGAUCUCAAGGAAAUACAAUGCUACAUUUGUGGAAGUUUUGGCCAUCUCUGUUGUAUAAAUUAUAGUGACUCUGGUCCAAGAGAGGUUACCUGUUAUAAAUGCGGUCUUUCUGGCCAUACUGGUCUGGCUUGCAUGGGACACCGUGCAGAGACAAACGGUACAGUUACUAGUUAUUCAUGCUACAAGUGUGGUUUAGAAGGUCAUUUUGCUCGUGAGUGCAUGAACUCAAUGAAGGCUGGUAAAAAAAUCCACGAACCAUCAACCCCUAACCAGAGAUCCUCGAAGAAGAAUAGAGAUGACCGCGUAGAAGCCAGGUCAGCCCCACACGACCUCGACAAGCCGUGGAAAAAGAAGAAAUCUCAGUACACCGAAUUUUCUUCAGCUGCAAAAACAAAACACAGAGGCGGUUGGAUAGCUGAAGACCCUGAAGAAGAUUACUAUUACAGUAAAAACAAAGAAAAUAAUAAUUGGAGAUCGCCAGCUGGCUCGAACGACAGGAGAGCUAGAAUACCUAGUACGCACGAUGAUUACGCAUCGACCUCACAUUCUUCAAGACGGACCCACAAGCUCAAUUUCAGCAAUUCGCCCGCGAAUGGAUCGAGCAGGUAUUAUCAGCACAGAUACUCAACUUCGAGAUUUGGUAACAAUAGCAAUGAUGGGACGGGAAGAAAUAAUAACUGGUGGUAGGUAAAUUCAUUUUAUAUUAUUUGAUCAAACGGUUUUGGCUAUAUACGGGGGCGAUUACCCCCCUGCAGCAAUCUUCGGGGGGUCUAAAUGGUGAAUGGUGUUGUUGGAGGUUCCUCUUUGCCUUGUCUGAAGAAACUAAGUUAUCUAUGGAGAUCUGAAAAGUAAGUACAGGCAAAAAGUAUGGGGAACAAUUACCUACUGUGUUUUAUAAGCUGGUGGAAAUGUAAUAUCAGCUAGUUGUUAAAUUAUUAUUAUAGCCUCAUUUUUUUUCUUUUUGUUUAUUUUUCCUUUUAUAUCAAUGCUAUCUGUUUAUGUAUGCAUAUGCCAAAACUACCCCUCACCCCACAAUUAAAAUUUUACCAUUGUCUUGUUGAGAUAUGAAUUUUCCUUUUUCUCUU